UUCAAAAUGGCUGCCCAGAGUGAAGAGCAUACUGUUGUAAAAAGUGAACAAGUGAGUGCAGUUUUUGUCACACUCAUCUUAAAACACCCUGUUCUUCUAAACAAAUCUCAACUACCGAGUAUCAAGGAAAAGAAAUGGAACGCUCUCCAGGACGCCAAAGCAAUAAUUGCAAAAACCACCGGGAAAAACAUGGAUGACAAACAAAUAUUGAAGAAAGUUGCCAACAUGAAAGUACAAGUCAAGAAGAAAAUGGAGGCAGCCAAAACCGGUAAUCAAACGAUUAACCUGCGUUCCUGGGAGAAAGAUCUCUUCUACGCAUUGAAAGGGCAAAAAACACCUACAUGUACCACCACACACAAGAUGGCUUCUGCAAUUUCAGCAGGAUUUUGUUCCUCCAGUUGUGCUUCUGCUGAUGUCAGCUUUGGGGGUUUAAAGAAUUCAAGUGGGCAAUGCGGUUCCAAAUCAGCCUCGACGUCUCCCCAAAGUCAAUUCUCAACACCGCUACCUCUUCGUGGAUCCAAAAGGAAGAGUUUAGGCCUACCCGGUGAGACUGAGGAAACCAUGAACCUGUCUACGACCAAACUACAGCGACUUGUACUGUUGGAGCAACUGAACUACACCAGGAUGAAAAUUAGACGGCUAGAGGAGAACAAACAGACAGCACAAGAGGACCUAUCAAGUGGAUCAACGGAUGCGAUGCAUUACUAACUUGAGGAACUACAUGUCAUACACCAUCACUGGAUUACAACACAACGUAAAAGUGUUGACAUUUUUCUUUACAUGUACAUUGUACCAUUCUUCAAACAAAAACGCUGGAGAUCUGCACAUUUAAAAAAUGUUAGGCUUG